AUGAAAAAGUUAUCAUUGAAGAAAAAGGGUAUUGGUUCAGAAGCCAAAGCCCAACGGUUGGAGAAAGGUGACACUGAUUUAGAGCUUUACAACGCUUCUGAACGUGCCCGGCAGUUACAUAAGUUGAAAAAACGCAGACUGCGAGGAAACGAGGAUGCUGUGUUGGCAAAACUCGAGAAAUUUAAGCAGUCCAUUUCUGCAAAACCGUUUACCUCGAGUAGUGAACCAGGAGACAACGAAGAAGAAGAAGAUGUUUCUGACUGGAAGAAAGUAAAGCUCAAGUUUGCACCCGGGAGUGGCAAGGACAAAAGGCGCAAAGAUGAUCCAGAUGCGUAUGUUGUGGUCGACCCUCUUCUUGAAAAGGGAAAAGAGAAGUUCAACAGAAUGCAAGCCAAACAAAAACGAAGGGAACGAGAAUGGUCAGGAAAUUCGCUUGCUUGA